CGUCUUCCUAUCUCAGCCUCCAGACUGCUGGAAUCAUAGGCGUGCCCUUCUGUAUGAAGACAAAUGUCCUGUUUUCUGUGUAGUCGCCUUUGUAUCGAAUUAUACUUUUCAACAAGUUCAAGAAGUGGUGUCCACAAGCACCUAAUGUGUGUCAGGAAUACUCAGCUCCUUAGUGAAGUCAGCGGGAUGGCUCACCUGGUUCGGAGAACCCUUGAAUGUUCACGGAGUUCUGAGAGAAGAGGAGUGAGAUUAAUUUUCCCUGGUUAAGUACACAACCAAUUAAUGUCAGGGGGAUAAAGGGUGUGUGGCAUUCUUCCCGACCAGCUGUUUGUGUAGGCAAAAUGAUUAACUACGAGGGUAUGGUUUCCUUUUCAGUCACUAUAGUUGCGUUUGAGUCACAUGUAUGCUUAGAAGGUGAGGCCAGCCAUCCGGAAAUGUGCAGGGACUCUCUAGAGAACACUCAUCUGUGGACCUCGUUCCUUUACCCUGAGGCAUCCUGUCCUGUAGGUGACCUUUGUCAACACCUGAGGUGUGACAAGGGACAAAGCAUGGGAAGACACAGACUAGAUUUUGAAGACUUUGAAAGACUUUUAUAUUGAUUGCAUGCUAAAAUGUCUUUUAUACAUUGACUAAUUUUACUUCUUUUUUGCCUUAAAAAAAAAAAACUGUGGUUGCUGGAAAUUUUCAAACAGAACCAGUGACUCAUGCAUGAUUCUAGUGAUCGGGGCUGUGGUCAGUCCGCAAAACUGUCUCAUUCCUUCCUGAUUCUGUGACCCUAGCAAAUGCCUCUGAGACAAUUUUGUCCUUCAGGCUCCCAUUUAGCCUCAAAUUUCUAGUACCAGGUCAUCCUCUUCCCUCUAGCGGCCGGAGGAGGAAGGGCUCUGUGCUACCACCUCUGUUCUCAUGGUUCAGCCUACCCAGCAGUUUACAAGCCGCGCCUGCCCUCUGAGGCAAGCCUGCCGAGCACAGGGAGCAAAGUGGCGAGAACUGAAGGAAUAAGCGAGGAGCCCGGGAUGCCUCUCCUGGACUGCAGGUUCCUAACGAGUUACCGCGAGCAGCGCCUGGCACACCUGGUGCUGGCCGCUAUCACUAUGGGAUUCGUCUGGCAGGAAGGGGAGGCCCAACCCCAAAAGGUGCUGCCAAGAACACUUGCUAUUCCUUUUGUUGAGGUAUCCAGGAGCCUGGGACUCCCACCUAUCCUGGUCCACUCUGAUCUGGUUCUGACAAACUGGACCAAAAGGAACCCAGAAGGACCACUGGAAAUCGGUAACCUGGAGACCAUCAUCUCUUUUCCGGGUGGAGAGAGCCUGCAGGGCUUCAUACUGGUGACAGUCUUGGUGGAGAAGGCGGCAGUACCUGGCAUUAAGGCCCUAGUUCUGGGAGUGGAGGCCAUUCGGCAACACAGCCAGGACACCCUGCUAGAGGCCCUGCAGCAGCUGAGACUCUCCAUUCAGGACAUUACCAGAGCCUUGGCCCAAAUGCACGAUUAUGUAGACCCAGAAAUAUUUUACUUGGUCAUCCGGAUCUUCCUCUCUGGGUGGAAGGACAACCCAGUCAUGCCCGUGGGGCUGGUCUAUGAGGGUGUUUCCACAGAGCCUCUGAAGUACUCUGGCGGAAGUGCAGCCCAGAGCUCCGUGCUUCAUGCCUUUGAUGAGUUCCUGGGCAUUCAGCAUUGCAAGGAAAGUGUUGACUUUCUACACAGAAUGAGGGACUACAUGCCGCCUUCCCAUAAGGCCUUCCUGGAGGACCUCCACUCAGCCCCUUCACUGAGAGACUACAUACUGGACUCUGGCCCUGGGGGCUGCCUGAUGGCCUAUAACCAGUGUGUGGAGGCCCUGGGAGAGCUGCGCAGUUACCACAUCAACAUGGUGGCCAGAUACAUUAUUUCCGCUGCCAGCAAGGCCAGGAGCAGGAUGCUGACUCGUCUCUCACCCCAUGCCUUGGAAGACAGGGGCACUGGGGGCACUGCUGUGCUGAGCUUCUUGAAGAGUGUCAGGGAGAAGACCAUGGAGGCCAUCCUGUGUCCUGGCGCUUAGCAGUCACGUCCUGCAUCCUAGUGCUUAGCUGUUCUCACCCUGCAUCCUGGAACUUAGCUGUUCUCAUCCUGCAUCCUAGUGCUUACCUGUUCUUACCCUGCAUCCUGGAACUUAGCUGUUCUCAUCCUGCAUCCUAAUGCUUAGCUGUUCUCAUCCUGCAUCCUAGUGCUUAGCUGUUCUCAUCCUGCAUCCUAGUGCUUACCUGUUCUUAUCCUGCAUCCUAGUGCUUAGCUGUUCUCAUCCUGCAUCCUAGUGCUUAGCUGUUCUCAUCCUGCAUCCUAGUGCUUAGCUGUUCUCAUCCUGCAUCCUAGUGCUUAGCUGUUCUCAUCCUGCAUCCUGGAACUUAGCUGUUCUCAUCCUGCAUCCUAGUGCUUAGCUGUUCUCAUCCUGCAUCCUAGUGCUUAGCUGUUCUCAUCCUGCAUCCUAGUGCUUAGCUGUUCUCAUCCUGCAUCCUAGUGCUUACCUGUUCUCAUCCUGCAUCCUAGUGCUUAGCUGUUCUCAUCCUGCAUCCUAGUGCUUAGCUGUUCUCAUCCUGCAUCCUAGAACUUCACUGUUCUCAUCCUGUAUCCUUGUGCUUAGCUGUUCUCAUCCUGCAUCCUAGUGCUUAGCUGUUCUCAUCCUGCAUCCUAAUGCUUAGCUUCUCAUCCUGCAUCCUAGAACUUCACUGUUCUCAUCCUGCAUCCUUGUGCUUAGCUGUUCUCAUCCUGCAUCCUGGAACUUUGCUGUUCUCAUCCUGCAUCCUAGUGCUUAGCUGUUCUCAUCCUGCAUCCUUGUGCUUAGCUGUUCUCAUCCUGCAUCCUUGUGCUUAGCUGUUCUCAUCCUGCAUCCUUGUGCUUAGCAUCCUGUGGGAGCCAGAACCAGGGUCUCUGCUUAGACUCAAGCAUAGUUUUGCCACAAAGAACACCAUGUCCUUUGUUAGUAAACUGUGGCUCCCACCCCAACCCUACCCCAGCCAGUUUGCUUGCUAGGAACCUUUCUGCCCUGCCCAAUCCCCCUGCCUCACAGCAGAGAGCUGCCACCGUGUCUUCAUUCUGUGGGCAAGUCAGAGAUACCCAAGCUCAAUCUAAAAAGAAUCAAGUUGCUUUUGGACGUGUCACUGGUUCUUCUCCCAGACCUCUUCCCUUCCUCCCUCCCUGCCUCUUCUCUCCGGGCCUCAAACUGUGAUCCCCCUGCCUCACCCUUCAGAGCUUAUGUGUAUGCGCCAUGUGUGAGUAGCUUGGUAUGAAGCUUUGUUUCUUUUGUUUUGCCUUCCUGGAGGUUACACCCAACGCUCUGCACACGUUGGCCAAUUGCUCCACCAUACGCUUCCUGCUCUCUGUGUCCCUGGCUUUGAGAGAAAGUCUCGAUGAGUCACUUAGGCUGGAGCUGUACAGGGGUGAGACACUGAGCCAUGCUGCUGCUGCUGCUGCUGUUGGUGAUGACGAUGAUGAUGAUGACAACGACGACGACGACGAUGAUGAUAAUGACGAUGAUGAUGACGACGACGAUGAUGAUAAUGACAAUGUGGCCACAAUGAUGACAGAGAUGGUAUUGACGGCUGUCUCUUUCUUUUUGUUUAUUUUUGGUAUUUUUUGUUUUGUUUUUUGAGACAGUAUCUUACUAUCCUUCAGCCCAGGUUGCCUUGAACUACUUGAGCCUCCCGAGUGCUUGUAUUACACACAUGCAACCACCAUGGCCGGCUCUAGAUUCUUUCAGUUCACCAAGGCCCUACUGUGCUCUUGUCCGUGACCUGGGCCAGCCUUCUCCUCCCUGCCCAGGUUGGAUUCAGCACAGGGUGGGGAGGAGGGGUCAGAUGCUCAGUGGAGAUUUGUGAGGUGAGGUUGCUCUCCAUGCAGACCUGGAAGUCACCAGCAUGGGAGCGACCGGCUACUGACUUGGAACCGAUGUGACUCCCCCACAGGGUGUAGACAUCGCCGAUUCUAUUUUAAUUCUCUCUGCUCUAUUUUUAGGACUGUGUUUUUCUUUCCCCCUGGUGACACUGGAAAUUUGUAUGUGAAAAAUGCUUUAAUUGACCCCUUGAAAGCAAGAGAGCCAAACCAGAAUAAAUAGUAAGCCCACAUGUUUAGGAUAAAAAUAAAUGUGGCUUUUUAUAUUGGA